UUUACUUCAGAUCAAAUCUCUGUUCCAUCGGACAUUUUCCCCCGCGAUGUAAAUACAUAUCAGCUAUCUCUCAAGUCAAAAUGGAGGAGAGUGUCGACCCAGAAUCUGAACGACCGAUAACCUUCGCCGAUCUUGGCGUGCCAACGACGGCAACAAUCAAAGACUCUUAUUUUGGGAAGACAAGACAUUAUUCUGAUUUGGAGAAGAAGGAAAUCUUUUUCCUUACAAUAUCAUUGAUCAGUAUCUUAGCAACCAUUGGCCUGACGAUUGAAAGGAUAACAUCAGUUUUUACUAAAGGAGAGCCGGAUUUUACUUUUGCAUUGUUGCUUUUAAUACAUUCUGUUUUCAUUCUAUAUUAUGUAAUUGAUGGAGUGUUUCGAGAGCGGCCGUAUGAGUUGGCAGUGUUCGUUAUUGGUGUCGCUUUUAUUAUGAUAUACUGCAUCACUAAUUAUAUUGGAACAUUUGCAGAAGAUAAGUUAAAUGUAAUAAAAUUGAUUCGUUUAGUGUUGAUUGCUGUCUUGGGGCCAGCUGAUAUCGUUCUCGGGUGUUAUCUGACCAGACAGUAUUACAUAUCUAGAAAUCUAAUAUUUAGAACAGUUGGAGCGAGUGCAGAGCUACAAGAUAUAUGCAGUUUGAUGUAUUUCUGUGAAGCUCUACUGAAAUUUGAUUUUCAACUGGAAGUUAGCAUGUUUGUUCUCGUAUUAAGUGCAGGAACAGAUAAUGUGGAGACAUUUGAUUAUGUUUUAUUGGUUGUGGGAUUGGUGUAUGGACUUUUGUGGAACACUAUGGGAUAUGUUGCUAUUCGGUAUGAAAAUAAAGCUUUGGUCUGGACGUUUUUAGCUUUCAGUGUCUUUGGACCAGCUUAUAUCAUUUACAAAAUGGUGGAUCUUGGAAUGAAUUGGAACACUAUAGAUCAAGAAUUCAUGUACCUCACAGUCGUGAUAAUUAUAUGCGCUGCUGCAGCAUUAAUUGUCAGAGUUGUAUUGGUUAUAACCAUGGUGAAGGUAUAUCAAAACUUUGGAAAAGGGCUGAAAGAAAAAGCAUAUGGUAUUAAUUCAGCGGAUGUGGAUAAGAAGAUGCUGGAUCAGAACAACUUUCAAUAG